GUUUCCGAUACUAUAAUCCGGCUCUGUGGGGUAGAAAAUUUCCUGUAACAGCUUACCAAAAGGUUCAAACAAACCAAAAUCAAGGAAAUUUAGUUUGCACACGUUUCAUGCAAUGAUGCACCAACCAAGAAAGAGGAACACGACUCUCUGCUUUCUCCCGAAGCUCAAAUUGCUCAAAUUGUAUCUCAAAAAAUCCACGUGCUCUGCCUGAUCAGAUGUCUUUAUCAGUACAGAGAAUUAGCGUAUGUUAACGGUGAUUAAAAUAAUACAAUUUUUCUCUGGAAAGAGGACAAUUCUUUGUUGAAAAUGUCGACGGAAAAACCUGACACCACGCCAAAGAACAAAAUUGACAUCUGGAGAGACACCCCAGUGAGAUUAUUAGGUUACGCGAACGAGGUGGGAGAGUCCUUUCGAGCCUUGGUGCAUGUCAACGCUGUUCGCCUUAGUUAUGGCGUGGCCUUUGCCUACGUGUUUGCAGACACCAACGACAAGACAAAAAAAGAAAUGAAUCAGAAACGGAAAAUAAUCGCUGCUGCUGACACUCUGAUUUGGCAGACCCUCGCGUCAGUGGCAAUCCCAGGAUUUACAAUUAAUCGACUUUGCGCUCUGUCGUUGUUUCUUUUAAGUAAGAACAAGAAAUUAAGUCUCCCGAUGAGGAAAUGGACAACAACUGCCAUUGGGCUGGCCAGUAUACCCUUUAUUGUCAAGCCAAUCGACCAUGGAGUUGACUUUCUGAUGGAGAGCACUUUUAGGAAAUUUUUCCAUCCCGAAAUUGGACCUUGAAUGCAUUUUCAUGUAUGUAAAUGCUGACAUUUUCAAGAUGUACAAGUAUUAUGUGCACUAUACGCAUAUAAUAACUGACGCAAAUAGGCGUAUGCUCGUCCUCGAAUAUAAAGAUUAUUGUAAUACCGGUCGCAAACGACCACGUAGAUCACUAGAUCUCAUAGUUUUAACCAAACUGUAGUUCAUUGGUGUUAUGCACAAUGUAUCUCUUUGUCAGAACUCAGUGCCUCCAGAUUUGGGAUUAUAUGUGUUCUGUUCUGUGAUUAUGUACAGGAGGUAGUUAAUGAAUUGCAAAUAUAUGUAAUAUGCUAAUUCUUAAGAAAACAUGUGAUUGUGACAGAGAAGGUCUUCUGAAAAAAUUUGAAUUCGAAUUUGAAUUCGAAUGCGUUUUACAAUUAGUCGACAAUAAGAUUGAGACAGGCAUCUUGUUUAUUCAUCCUAAUAAUGUUAUUUGAAGUGUUGAAAAUUUAAAUUUAGAAUAAACUAUGAUUGAAAAGUA